CAGUUUUGAUUAAUGCAUUUCAUUUCAAAUUUUUCUAUAUAAUAUUCCGAUUCAAGUUCAAACUUUUAUAUUACUCAUUUUAAUCAUUGCUAAAGUUGUGAUUCUUGUAUAUUCUUGCUGAUUUUACAUCAAAAACACAACUAUGGCUUCCGGUUUCUCAACAAUGACAGAGAAGAAAAAGAUUUUAUUCAUAAUGGGUGCAACUGGAACUGGAAAAACUAAACUUUCUAUUAACCUAGGUAUUCAAUUCCCUUCUGAAAUCAUUAACUCAGACAAGAUUCAAGUCUAUAAGGGUCUUGACAUUGUGACGAAUAAGAUACCAGAAUCCGAGCAAUGUUCGAUUCCACAUCACAUGUUAGGCAUCAUAAAUGAUCCUAAUUAUGAUUUCACUGUGAAUGAAUUCUGCAAGAAAAUGGUUGAAACCCUAGAUGUCAUUGUUGAAAAUGGACAUCUACCUAUUAUCGUAGGUGGUUCAAAUUCCUACCUACAAGUACUUGUUGAUGACCCAAUCUAUGCAUUUGGUUUAAAAUAUAAUUGUUGUUUCAUCUGGGUGGAUGUGUCAUUGUCUGUUUUGUUUCCUUAUUUGGACAAAAGAGUUAAUGAAAUGGUUGAGGCAGGUCUUAUUGAUGAAAUUAGAGACUUUUUUGUCCCUGGAGCAGAUUGCACAAUGGGGAUUAGAAGAGCAAUUGGUGUUCCUGAGCUUCAACGUUAUUUUGAGAUAGAAAAUGAUGAAGAUUUUGAUGAGGCUCAUAAAGAAAAAAUACUUGAGGAAUCUAUUACAGAAAUGAAAGAAAACACAUGCAUCUUGGCUGAAAAUCAACUUAUAAAGAUUGAUAACAUGGUUAAUAGAUUUGGGUGGAAGGUGCACAAAAUUGAUUCUACAAAGGUCUUUGAAGCUGUUUUAAAGGGGGAAGAUUAUCAACAUUUGUAUCAAGAAAUUGUGAUUAAGCCAAGCAUUGAGAUAGUUAAGAGCUUUUUGGAGGAGGCAACAAAUGAAAUAUAAAAUGAGUAUUAGUAUCCCCUAUAAUACUACCUUUUUCUUAUUUUACUGUUUCUUUUAGAUUCUAUUUACUUAUUAUAUAAUCGUAUUGUAUGGAUUGUUGUGUAAUAAAUAUGUUAUUCUAUUUA